AUGGCCAAACUUGUGUUGAAUUUCCAUCGUCUUAAUCCGAUGAAAUAUCACAAACCGCCCCUUAUGAUAGUACUCUUUCUUUUCCUCAGUGCCUUAAAUUUUUCCUUCUCACAAACCCCAGAUAUUAAGUGUGUCCUUGAUGUUCAAGACUCUUCAGAGUGGCGCAGCACGAGUUGUGAAGAAGGAAAUUGGGGUGGAUUUAUCAGCAAUUGUUGCGGAGCAGCUUUUGAUGAUUACUUAUACGCCUUGGGGCACAGGGCAAACCGGACGGAGCACAGGGCAUCCCGGACAGUGCAGCUCUUCUUAAACUCGACAGAGCAGACAAACUGCUUAAUUUCAAUGAAGGAUAUUAAAGAUGGUGUUUUGAGUUGUGGAAUUGACAAGCUAACAAGUGGAGCCGGCGGAUGCUCUGACUACACGAAAGUAGAUGUUUUCGACAAUCUGGGGAACACACUGGAAAAUUUAGAUGAAGAUUGUAAGCUUUUGGGCAUGGGAGAAAAGUCCGAGCAGGAUCAGGCUUGUAGUGCAUGUCUCAGAAGGUGGGAAGAGAUUGUGGCAUCGUCGGAAAAUGAGUCGUCGUCGUCAAAACUUGAAGCUGAUAUUUGUGGUUUUGCAGUUUUGGUAACUUUAACAAGCAGGAGGAUUGAUGAUAAGAAUUGGGUUUCAGCACUGUAUGAAUGCCUUGGGGAUCAGAAACUUUCAGAAGAGAAGUUCAAGAAGUACGGGCGUAAACUUGAGAACAGGUAA